GUUGCCGGGCACGGCGGAGCCGCUGUUGCGCCCUGGCUCGGUGCUCCUGCCCCGCGUCCUGCCGAGGCCGUGCCUCGGGACCCGGGCCCAGGAGAUGUUGCCCUACACGGUGAACAUCAAACUGUCGGCGCGGACUCUCACUGGGGCCCUCAACGCCCACAACAAGGCGGCCGUGGACUGGGGCUGGCAAGGUUUAAUUGCUUAUGGAUGUCAUUCCCUUGUGCUUGUAAUUGAUUCUAAUACUGCCCAGACUCUUCAAGUUUUAGAAAGGCAUAAAGCUAAUGUUGUCAAGGUUAAAUGGGCCAAAGAAAAUUAUCACCAUAAUAUCGGCUCCCCAUAUUCUUUACGCUUAGCUUCUGCUGACAUCAAUGGGAAGAUCAUUGUUUGGGAUGUAGCAACUGGAGUAGCUCGAUGUGAAAUACAAGAACACAACAAACCCAUUCAGGACAUGCAGUGGUUAUGGAAUCAGGAUGCCUCCCGAGAUUUGCUCCUUGCUAUUCAUCCACCGAACUACAUUGUAUUAUGGAAUGCAGACACUGGCACCAAACUUUGGAAGAAGAGUUAUGCAGAAAAUAUACUUUCUUUUUCCUUUGACCCCUUUGAUCCUUCACAUUUAACUUUACUCACCAGUGAGGGGAUUGUAUUCAUCUCAGACUUCUCUCCAUCCAAAGCUCCUGCCAGCUCAGGGAAAAAAGUUUACAUAUCCAGUCCACAUUCGAGUCCAGCUCAUAAUAAGGCAGCUGCAGCUACGGGUGCCAAGAAGGCUCUCAAUAAGGUGAAAAUAUUGAUCACUCAGGAGAAACCUAGUGCUGAAUCUGUGACUCUCAAUGAUUGUCUUCAGUUGUCAUACCUACCGUCCAAAAGGAAUCACAUGUUGUUGCUUUAUCCAAGAGAAAUUCUAAUCCUUGACCUUGAAGUAAACCAGACAGUAGGUGUAAUUGCAAUAGAGAGAACAGGAGUACCAUUUCUACAGGUAAUCCCCUGCUUUCAGCGUGAUGGCUUAUUUUGCCUACAUGAAAAUGGUUGCGUAACUUUAAGAGUUCGAAGAUCUUAUAAUGCUAUUUUUGGGACUUCAAAUGAAGAGUCAGAUCCAGAUCCAGUUCAGGAGCUGACCUAUGAUUUGCGAAGCCAGUGUGAUGCAAUUAGGGUGACCAAAACUGUUCGUCCAUUCAGUAUGGUGUGUUGUCCUGUUAAUGAAAAUUCCGCUGCUCUCAUUGUGAGUGAUGGAAGAGUCAUGAUAUGGGAAUUGAAAUCUACUGUUUCUUAUAGAAACCUUCGUAACAGCAGUUCAGGUGCAUCACCUUUAUAUUCACCAAUAUCUUUCUGUGGAAUUCCUGUAGGAGCAUUACAGAAUAAACUUCCAGACCUUUCUUUAGAUAACAUGAUUGGGCAAAGCACAAUUGCUGGAGAAGAGCAUCUAAGAGGCCCCACCUUGCAGGAAGUGCAUCUGAAGUUUCUGCUCACUGGACUUCUUUCAGGACUUCCUUUGCCACAGUUUGCUAUCCGUAUGUGCCCACCACUUACCACAAAAAAUAUAAAACUGUAUCAGCCACUGCUUGCGGUUGGCACAAGUAAUGGUUCUGUGCUGGUGUACCAUCUUACCAGUGGGCUGUUGCACAAGGAAUUAAGUAUUCACUCUUGUGAAGUCAAGGGUAUUGAAUGGACAAGUUUGACUGGUUUUCUUUCAUUUGCUACCUCAACACCCAACAACUUGGGAUUAGUGAGAAAUGAGCUUCAGCUGGUUGAUCUUCCAACAGGCAGAAGCAUUGCAUUUCGUGGUGAGAGGGGCAAUGAUGAGCCAGCCAUUGAAAUGAUUAAAGUGUCUCACUUGAAACAGUAUUUGGCAAUUGUAUUCAAAGAUAAACCCCUGGAGUUAUGGGAUAUCAGAACCUGCACACUCUUGAGAGAAAUGUCAAAAAACUUUCCCACAGUAACUGCUUUGGAGUGGUCACCAUCUCACAAUUUGAAAAGUUUAAGAAAGAAACAACUUGCUACUCGAGAGGCUAUGGCCCGACAAACUGUAGUCUCUGAUGCAGAACUUAGUAGUGUAGAAUCUUCUGUGAUCAGCCUGUUGCAGGAAGCAGAAAGUAAAUCUGAGCUGAGCCAGAACAUCUCUGCCCGGGAGCAUUUUGUGUUUACUGAUACUGAUGGGCAAGUUUACCAUCUCACAGUUGAAGGCAACUCGGUAAAGGACAGUGCUCGAAUUCCUCCAGAUGGAAGCAUGGGUAGUAUUACAUGCAUUGCUUGGAAAGGUGAUACAUUGGUUCUUGGAGAUGUGGACGGAAACCUAAAUUUUUGGGAUUUGAAAGCCAGAGUAUCUAGAGGAAUACCAACACACCGAAGUUGGGUGAGGAAGAUCCGAUUUGCCCCUGGUAAAGGAAACCAAAAAUUAAUAGCUAUGUAUAAUGAUGGAGCUGAAGUCUGGGAUACUAAAGAAGUUCAGAUGGUAAGCAGUUUAAGAAGUGGAAGAAAUGUCACCUUCCGCAUAUUGGAUGUGGAUUGGUGUACAUCAGAUAAAGUGAUCUUAGCAUCAGAUGACGGAUGUAUUAGAGUCCUAGAGAUGUCAAUGAAAUCAUCAUGCUUUAGAAUGGAUGAACAAGAAUUAACAGAACCUGUGUGGUGUCCUUAUCUCCUUGUUCCAAGGGCUGCCUUAGCCUUAAAAGCAUUCUUGCUACACCAGCCAUGGAAUGAUCAAUAUUCUUUGGACAUUGCACACGUUGACUAUCCAGAAAAUGAAGAUGUUAAAAAUCAGCUUCAAGAACAGUUGAAUUCCUUGUCUAACGAUCUGAAGAGGCUCUUACUCGAUCCUGAAUUUACAAUCUUGCAGAGAUGCCUGCUUGUUGCAAGGCUGUAUGGUGAUGAAUCAGAGCUGCAUUUCUGGACUGUUGCUGCCCACUAUUUGCACAGUUUAUCCCAGGAAAAAUCAGAGAGCUCAACAGACACUGAUAAUAUUUCUUUGCCUCAGGAAAAGGUGACCAACCCACUGGAUAUUUGUUAUGACAUACUCUGUGAAAAUUCAUAUUUUCAGAAAUUUCAGCUGGAAAGAGUUAAUCUACAAGAAGUAAAGCGGUCAACUUAUGAUCAUACAAGGAAGUGUGCAGACCAGCUUCUUCUUUUGGGUCAGACAGACAGAGCUGUGCAGUUGCUUUUGGAAACCAGUGCAGAUAACCAGCACUAUUACUGUGAUUCACUGAAAGCUUGUUUGGUGACAACCGUCACCUCUUCCGGCCCUUCUCAAAGUACCAUUAAGUUGGUUGCUACCAAUAUGAUCGCCAAUGGCAAGUUGGCAGAGGGAGUUCAGUUACUCUGUCUCAUAGACAAAGCUGCUGAUGCCUGCCGCUAUUUACAGACAUAUGGUGAAUGGAAUCGUGCAGCAUGGCUUGCAAAAGUUCGUUUAAAUUCAGAGGAAUGUGCUGACGUUUUGAAACGAUGGGUUGAUCAUCUUUGCUCUCCACAAGUCAAUCAGAAAUCAAAGGCCAUCUUGGUCCUUCUGUCCUUAGGCUGCUUUACAAGAGUGGUGGAGAUGCUACACAGCAUGAGGCAUUUUGAUAGAGCUGCCUUAUUUGUUGAAGCUUGUCUAAAGUAUGACACAAUUGAAGUAAAUGAAGACACAAAAAAACUAAUCCUGGCAGUAUAUGCAGAUUAUGCCCGGAGUUUGAAGAACCUCGGUUUUAAACAGGGAGCUGUCCUUUUUGCCUCGAAAGCAGGAGCAGCUGGUAAAGAUUUAUUGAAUGAACUGGAACAGCCCAAGACCGAAAUGACUGAAGAAUGACAGGUUUAUGCACACCGUAAAAAUUUGGCAUUAGCAAGAAGGUGAUGGUUAAAUUGAUCUUGCCGUUAGUCACAGUCCUAAUUCAGAGAAUGGUGAGGAUGCCAUCAAAAAAUGUGUCUUUUCUCGUAAACAGCGUACUUGUAAGGUGUCUUAACUUGUGAUAAAGCUAUAUGUGCAGAAUAUUACAUAAGGAUUUAACUUUUAGGGGCAAUUUCUGUAUCUUGUGUUUAUCAUGUGGAAAAUAUAAAACACUUAAGAUUUUGUGACUAUGUUAAAGUUUUAUAAAAUUUUGGAGAGACUUAAAAAUUCCUGAAAUGUACUUUUUAUUUUAUGAACUUAGAGUCAAGAGACAGGGUAAAUGCUUGUCAUUUGCCAAAAUCUGAGAUAUUUAAAAAACUAUAAUGAAAGUUCUAUGGGAAAAUUAGAAUUCCUUUGCACUGUAUAUUUAGAUAGUGUGUAUACAUAUGUGUAUAUCUGUAUAUCUAUAUAUGUAUAUAUGUAUACACACAUGCGCGCGCGUGCACACACACACACACACACACACACACACACACACACACAGAGGAUUGAGAUUCCUAGAAGGCAAAAAUGUUUCAAUAAAUCUGAUUCACCAAAGCAUUCUUUGCUUUUUCUUGCCUUGAGAACACCCUCACCCUUACGGUUAUUUUGGCUGAUGCAUUUGUUUUUUGCAUCAUUUUAGAUUCAUAGCUCAAAAGGUGAAUUCCACCUUGUCGUUAAUGAGUAUCUCUGAAUUUUUCCAUUUAGCAGCAUAGAUAUUUUUGGAGGGGGUACAGCAAGGGAGGGGAGAUACUGGCAUUUUUCCGUUGUAAACAUUCUUUUUAAAAAUGUUUUUCUGCAUCUUAAGAUAUCUUGUUUUCCUUAUCAUUCUUGGUGCUUUAUUUCUCAGCAGAUCUGAGGCAGACAUGUUCUGUUUACUUAUACUUGUGAUUGACAGGAAUAUUUUAGAAAUCAAACAUGUAUUUGAGGCCAUUGAAAUGUUACACUCAAACUAAAUAGACAUUUUUAGGGAAUUUAAUUCUGAAAUCAUUUAAAACUAUUAUGACUUUGAAAUCUUUAUUUUAAGCAGUUGUACAAAUUUCUAUAUUAUAGCCUCUUAAAAUUAAAAUAAUUAUUUCCUAUGUUAAAGAAGAUAAAUUUGCAGUUAUCCAAUGUUUGAGAGCUACAUAUGUUUUUAACACUGUAAAAGUUUUUCUCCUAUGUGAAAAUGGUAUUUAUCAUAAAUAAAAUUAAAAUGUUAACUAUAAUGAUCAAUUCAUAGUUUUUUAUAUACAUUAAAAUGUGACUUCAUUUCUAUGAACA